AUGUCGUUCUCAAUGUCUCCGCCGCCGCCGGCGCAACCGCCUCAACAAUUUGUUCCUCCACCUCCACCGCAGCCUGCGCAUAGCCCUACACAGACUCAACUUGCUCCGCCAUACUCGCAAACAGGCUCUCCGAUACCUCAAUCGCCGUAUGCUGCUCCACCUCCUGCGAAAAGACAGCGGUUAUCACCAGACCCGAGGAGUCCAAUGAACGCAAUGCCGCAGUAUCCUCAAACGCCGCAACCCGCAAGCCAAGCCAGUGGAUAUGGUAAUCCCUACGCUCAGCAAGGUCAUCAGCAACCUUAUGGAAAUAAUGCGUAUCCAUCGCCAUCGUCACAAGGUGGCUUCAACACACCCCAGCCAUACCAGCAACCUCAGAGUCCCUGGCCAGCGCAGCAGCAAGUAGCUCCCAGUCCUUCGCGGGGAACUGGAGCCGCUUCACCACCAACAACUUCACAGAUGAUGCCGCCGCCCCCCAGGCCGGUCAAGGAAGAGCGAGAAGAAAAAGUCGGAGUAGAUGAUAUCAAUGACAGUCUGUUCGGAAGUGGCAUUAGUUUGAAGGACGAAGAGAACUAUUUCCACAGCAUGUGGAAUAAUCGUCCUGCACAAGUUAGUUUCGCCACAAAUCGGUCUACAUCGUUUGCUUCGACUACAAUAAGUCCGGAAAGAAGUUUCAACUUAUUGCAGUCGGGCUCAUCCUUUGGCGAGCAAGGCAGUGGAGCAUUCGCUGGAACUCUAGGCCAAUCUUUGACACAAGAAGAGAUUGAGAGCGAGCACAAGAGGAAGCGAGAAGCUGCGGCACGGGCAAAAGCAGAGCGUGAUCAACAUCAUCUGAAUAACCCUUUCUUGUUGGGCAACAUAUUGCGUCACAAGAUACAAAAGCAGGCGUACGAGGCGGGUGUGAAGGUCGAGGUGCAGGGUGUUUACGAGCGUGCGGAACCACCGAAAGUAAUGGUCAACAAAGCAGGCACAAAUGGUGUUGCUGCACUGACGGCAGCCCCUGCUCAAGACGCUGCGCCGAGCAAGGUCGACGUUGGGGUCCCCUUUGAGCAGUUGCUGUCGCUGCUGAGUCUCGCGUCUGGCGAGCGGAUUCGCGGGCUUGUAGAUGAUGCAUACGGAUUGGCUCGUGUACGGAGAUACGGCGAUCAUGGACGAGUAGUGCCGCCGGAAUUCGCGGAUCUUGCAACCGGUGAGGGCAAACAAUCACAAAUUACAAUCUCAUCGACAAACAUCAGUGGCUCUUCGUGGGAGCAGUCAGCAGACCCGGAUCAGACCACAAAGGGUGCUGAAGAGGCAGAAGAAGCGUCACAACAGACUAAAACCAUUUCCUUCCAAGGUACACUCAAUACGCACUUUCGACAACUCGCUGAGCGCGACCAACUCGCCGAGAAGGAACGUAUAAAAAAGCGUGAAGCUCGAAAGCGCAAAGGCGAGAAUACUGCUGGGUCAGACGAGAUGACUACAGAGGGUUCCGCCACAGACGCAGGCGAUUCGGCGGCUACCCCCAAAAUGACAAAAAAGGAACUCAAUAAAAAGAACAAAGAGAACGCAACCGCCACCGAGGCUCAAGCAAUCAACUCCGCCAACACCACCGCUGCGAUGGCUUUCAUGGGCAAGAAGAAGAACAAAUACGGCUGGAUGACGGGCGGCAUGGGCAGUGUGCAGGGCAAUCGCUACGCCAAACCCGCCUCCGCCGGGGCGGCUGUCAAAUCCGAAAAUGCGGCGGGCUCAUCAACGCCUGCGUCAUCCACUGCAAAUGCGAACAACGCCGCCAACGGAACGAAUGGGCCAUCUGCAUCAACGACGGAUUCUUCAGCAGAGAAGAAGACCCCAUCGUGGGGUGAGUGGCGAGAGGACGGCGUAGACGGCAAGGGCAUUCAAUUGCGAGACUGGGUCCACGUUCUCGAAAGAGAUGGCCGUGAGAGAAAAGCGUUGUUGCAGGCUAGUUUGAAGUUGCGGUGA